GACACCUGCCCUUGGCUAUAAAUGGGACUCUAAAUCAUUAACACAAAAUUAUAAAUCGACUUGUUAAAACACGGCCGGAUGAAGGUUUCAACGAGCCUAGACUAUAAUUUAGCUGUGCCGUUCCAUAAAAUUCCAUAUGUCGUUAGUUGACUGAAAGUUUUUUGUUUUUUUUUAAGUUCAAAUGAACUGUGGUGUGAUCAGUGCAAGAGAUUUUGCACUAUUGUGCACACGGUGCCAAAAGAAAAAAAAAGCUCUCUGGAUAGAUUUCCCUCAUGUCUCGAGUGUUGGCAGUCAGCAAGUGGGGAGAGAGAUCUGAUAAGAGCCUUGAGUCAGGAGUCAGGAGGCUUUCAGGCUUGCAGCAUGUUAGGAUAAUGACCUGGUUAUCAGCCUGCUAAUACAGUAGGAUCGGUGUUGAUUUAAAGACGCUGCUGGGAGAGGACGGUGCCAAGCAGCACCUGGGAAGGACCAGGCUAGAAUCAUGGAUGUGAAGAAUAUGCGAGAAUACAUUGGCUGGCUGUAUUACCAGUAUCUCCUCAUCACAGGCAUCUACGUCCUGGAACCGUGGGAAAAGUCCAUCUUCAAUACGGUCCUCUUCACCAUGGUGGCCAUGGUGGUCUACACGUCGUAUGUCUUCGUGCCUGUCCAUGUGCGCCUGGCACUGGAGUUUUUCUCAGGACUGUGUGGGGAGCAACCAGAGAGUACUAUAGCACUUAUGAACUAAAAUCUGAGCUGACAUGGAACUUUGGGUGUUUU